AUCAAAAGAAAACAUAAGGUUGAUGAUACAUGGGUCUUGGCAAAGGAUGAAGCAGUCAAAAUAAAGAGGAUUCCUCCACCAUCAAGUUUUUGCAGAGAAGAAUAUGAUCCAAAUUACAUUUACAAUUUCUAUGCCAAGCCAGCUGAUAUAGAAAAUGUUGUGAAUCUAUUGUAUGAGAUGGCAAAGACUUAUGAGGUUGAGGAUCACAGGUUAUUGGAGUUUCAGAAACUGAUGGGAAAAAUUCUUGGACAUCCAAUAAAUAAAUUUGCAAUUGGUAAUUGUACUGCAGAUGGUGCAGUAAUUUGUAAUGUACAAUCAAAACAGUAUGCCCUGUUAAUCCUUGAAGCAAAGAAUAAUCUUGGAACUGCUGGAGCUGUAUUUGGAAAAAAGAUUAUAGUUGAACCUCUGACACAUAUGAUCCCUCUUUUACCAAUGUUACACCAUCCAGAACACUUAUCAAUGAUAAUUUCUGUUAUUGAAGCAUUGAAGAAUGGAUUGAAUGAGCUGAAAAUUCAUUAUGAAUCUGUUGAACCAGAUAGUAUAAACAUUCCACGCCAAUCAUACUUUCCUUAUCCUAGAUCUUUCAAUAACAAUAAUGGAGAUGAAAAGGCCAAACAAUAUAUUGUUAAGUUUGUACCUAAUAAUCAUGAAUAUUUAUCACCAGAUAUCUUUACAGAUCUCUACUCUUAUCUACAAGAUAAACCCUCUGACCAACAUCUGUUAAAGAAAAAAGCUAUGGAUAUUGCUGAGUUGAUCCAUAAUGGUGACUUUGUACAUGGAGAUUUGCGUCCUUCUAAUAUUAUGGUUUCUCUAUCUGAGACAGAAGAUAAAGUGAUGAAAUUUAUUGAUUUUGAUUGGUCUGGAAAAGCCAACAGUACUAAGUAUCCACUAACAAUAAAUACCAAAAUCCCUUGGCAUCCAGAUGUGUGUGCUGGUGCAUAUCUUAAAAAGGAACAUGAUAUUUAUCUUCUAGAAAAAAGCUUUGAUCUUAGUGGACUUCUUUAA